CGCCACCGACGCCAUGGGAAGAGCUCCGUGCUGCGUCAAGGUCGGGAUGAAGAAGGGGAGGUGGACCGCCGAGGAGGACGAGAUCCUCAUCAAGUAUAUCGCUUGUAACGGCGAAGGAUCCUGGAGAUCGCUCCCCAAGAAUGCAGGGCUGCUGAGAUGCGGGAAGAGUUGUAGAUUGAGGUGGAUAAACUACCUCAGAUCCGACCUGAAGAGAGGCAACAUUACCAAAGAGGAGGAGGAGAUCAUCCUCAAGCUGCAUGCAACACUUGGCAACAGGUGGUCCCUCAUUGCCGGGCACCUCCCUGGAAGGACCGACAACGAGAUCAAAAACUACUGGAACUCCCACCUGAGUCGGAGGCUUCACAGUUACCGGCGAAUCAGCAGCGCCGCAAUCGACCUCAGCAAGCUUCUCGGCGGAGGCCGGACGAGGAAGUCAGCCGUGAAGAAGAUCAGAAGUACCACUACCGCUACUUCCACUACAGGCAACCAGAGGCGGAUUUACAUGGGGACUUGGGGGGGCCACGGCCCCCCCCAGUCCAUGUGUAAAUCCUGGAUCAACCUUGCUUUUAGCUCUCUUCUAACGAGCAAAAUUUGA